GUUUUUUUGCAUUCAAAUCAAUUCAUUUCAAUUUGAUGCGUAAAAGCUUCACAUUAUAUUGGAAAACUAGAAAACUUUCUAUACUUUUUUUCUUUUGUCAUUUUCUUUAAUAGUUUUUAUUCUUGAUCAAGAAUGGCGUUCAAGAAAACCCUAGCUCAACGAAUCUUUAGAAUAUCUAAAAUUACCAAUCAGUCCUUAACAAAUUGUCGUAUUUCCAAUCCUGCAAUCCUGUCUCGUUUCCCUAAAAGCCCUAGCAAAGCAAACAUUGCUCCAGAGCCUGGAGAUAAUGGAAUAUUCCGGCGAUUAUUCCACAAAAGAGCGUUUUUCCAGCCUCCAAUUUCCCCGGAGCUCCGGGCAAUGCCAAUAGGAGAAAACCUGAUGGAGAAACUCAGGUCUUUUGACAUUGCAAAAGGCAGAAUCAGAUUGGACGGAUUGAUACCGCCGGAAAUCAAAGAAUCCGACGGACCAAAGCCGGAGGAGAGGCGAGAGGAGUUGUCGGUAGCCGGUGCGAGGAAGCUGCUGAGGGCGGUGCAAUUAGAGAUGGUGAAGUCGAGGUUAAGAGAGGUGGAGAGUGGUUGGAUAGCGUAUCCCGAUUUUGUUCGGAUCUGUGGAGAAGGUUGUUCGGAUCCGGAACAAGGAAGUCGGGUGGCGAAAAUGCUGGAUGAGUCUGGGACAGUCAUAGUCUUGGGAGAUGUGGUGUUUCUUAAACCGGAACAGGUAGUGAAAGCAAUUGGAGGACUAAUCCCAUUACCAGCAACCAACCCAAAUGAUCCGAGAAGAAAGGAACUCGAAGAAAUGGAGAAAAAGAAAGUCGUAAUCGACAGAAAAGCCGACACCCUUGUUCGUCGAGAACUGUGGUGUGGCCUUGGCUAUCUGGUUGUCCAAACAGCUGCCUUCAUGAGGCUAACAUUUUGGGAACUUACAUGGGAUGUGAUGGAGCCAAUUUGCUUCUAUGUCACUUCCAUGUAUUGUAUGGCAGGAUACGCCUUCUUCCUCAGGACAUCCAAAGAACCCUCUUUUGAAGGUUUCUAUCAAAGCAGGUUUAAUGCCAAGCAGCAAAGACUCAUGAAGCUUCACAAUUUUGAUGCCAAGAGGUAUCAGCAGCUUCUAAAAAUUUGUUACCCGCAACCUGCUUCUUUUUCAGGGCAGGUCCCUGCAAUUUCUACAUGCUAAACAGAUUGACAACACAGAAAGAAAAAUUAGAAAAAAAAGAAUACAUAUGUGUGUAUACAGUUUUGUUUAACCCUUUUGCAUGGAAUUUUAGAUUUAGGUGCGGCUUGGUGUAACCUGAUUAGGAGAGUGUAUUUCCCGGAUCGUUCAUACCUUGAUAUACAAUGGAACUUAUAAUUUUAUCACGUAAAAAUUAUGUUUAA